AUGGCUAAGGUCUCCAAACCAACCCUCACCGGCUCGCGAAUCCCUAAGGCGUGUCAAGAGUGUCGCAAACGCAAGAUUCGAUGCAACGGCCUUGCCCCUUGCCCAUCAUGUCAGCAUCGGAACACUCUUUGUGUGUACAGGGAUAAGCCUCGCCAUGUGAAAAAAAAAAAGGGGAUCGCCAACCUCCCACCCCUGGAGUGGCGGAACCCACGAACACGUCGAACACAGUCCAUUCCCUUCGCCAGGUCUCUGCUGUCCCAGCCCCAGCUUCUUAUGUCGGCGACCGACACGGUGUCACCAUCGAGUCAGACGCAGCUUUAUUUUGGGCCAACAUCUCAUUUUGCAUUAAUGCAACUUGUCUAUAGAGAUGUUGUCUCCAACUCAACGAUCCAUCAUGGGCUUUCGGAUGAAAGUCAGGAGCCUAGCGCCAGGCUGGACUCGAUCAGCAUUCAUCGGAACCUUUUCGGCACCCCAGAUACCCAUGAGGCUAGCAAGACAUCCGGCUUGGGAGAUCUAUCGUCAAUAUCCUUGCCAUACGAAUUGGCCAACAUGUAUGCUGAUUAUAAUCUCCAAUCUAAUGGGCCAUUUUUGACUGGGCGGCAGGUUUUUGUCGCGCUUUCUGUCGACCCUCUAUUGCCUAAGGCAUUUUUUGAGCAGUGUUUAAAGCAGCUCUAUAGCCCAUCUCCUUCAAUCCAUUCGAAACUACUCGAUCAAUCAAUUCUCUUAAUUGCUCUAGCGAUCGGGUCCCUCGGCACGGAAUACUUUGCCUGGGGCGAUGUGCUGCUCGAACGUGUGAAAACUUCACUAAUCGCAUUCGAUGAUACUUUUAAUCUCCAGAUCAUCCAAAUAUUAACACUCAUGAUAAGUCACACCAAUAUCUCCUGCCCUUCAAAUGCUGACACUGCUCUCUUGAAUACGCCAACUUUCAAAAUGAGCAAGGGCGACCAAACAGCACAUUCUUGCAUCUUGGGUCUGCUGCUCGGAAGGCCCUCGCGGCCGGGCUCCACAAGGAUUUGCCUGACGAUGACACACAAAACCCGGAGAUUAUUGAAGAGCGCCGAGUCACAUUCUGGUCGCUUUUUUUAUACGAAACGUACGGCUACCAUAUACUUUUAUCCAUCUCUGGGCGCUGACUUCGAUCUACAGUAUAUUGCCAUUGAAUAUCCAAAAGACCCACUAGUCUGUGUUCUGGCAACGCUCUGCAAAACAAUGUCUCGAUCAGUCAAUAAGAUAUAUGGGCAACGACACCCAUCGCUUCUUCAUAUGUGGAGAGUUGCUUGCUCAAUUUUCGAGGACCUUCGACGGCAUAGGGCUGAUCUCAAAAGGACCAUGGGUUUUGAGAUAGACUCGGCUAUCUUGAGUGGAGCUCGAGGAGUUCAGCAGACCAUGGUUACCACACUAUACUACGACACGCUACUACUUACGUUCCGCCCAUUUCUCAUAAUCCGAAAUCUUUGGCGAAAUGACAUGAAGUUGUCUCUUCACGUAGGCCGCAAAUCUAACCGCCGGGAGGAAGUUCCAUCGUGGCUCAACGAAGCUUGUGACUAUGCACUGAAUGCUUCCCAAAAGAUAAUUCACCAUCUAUGUCAUGCAUCCCGCUUCAAUGACCUAGUCAAACAAACGAGGUAUUAUGGAUAUAUUUUAGGAAGUUCCACCUUCACAUUGAUCUACGACUUCCUCCACGAUGCCGAUUCUGCGCCUUCCCAACUACCAUGGGUCCACGCAGCCCUACAAAAUUUGUCAAGCAUGCGAGUAGGCGAACCGAUCAACAGCACAAUCUCCGCCAUACAAGCCGUGUUACGAAAUAUUAACCCAUUAUACGAAUGGGCCCCAGGCCCCAAAAUAGGCACCAAGUACAGCGUUGUCCCAGAAGGCAGAUUGACCGUACCCAAAACCCCCGCAACCAUUAAUAGCCAGCAGCUCAUGGGCGGUAACAUUCCAUUAUCUUCAAGUCCAAGUCAAUUCAGGAAACUCUCGGGUCUAUCGAGAUCACAAUGGAAAUCGCCACAUCUGGAAGGGCCGACCACUAGCGAGUUGGGCGGCUCAGCGGAAAAUCUGCUUGAUGUCACGCAGACAGAUAUGGGCUGGAAUUUCGACUCAUUGAUCACGGAGUUUGAGGCAUUUUUUUCAAAGUAUCAGUCGACAGAUGUCUCGAUUUUUUGA